AUGGGCUCCGUGGUCCCCGGCUACUCGCCCGGCUUCAAGAAGCCCCCCCAGACGUUGCGCCUGAGGCGGAAAAGGCUCCGGAGGGGCGAGCCGGCCUCCCCCUCCGGCCAGGCCGCGCCGCCCGCUCCCGGCCGCCCGCCAGGCGCCGACGCCGCUCUCCGCCCCCGGCCCUUCCCCGGCGCCCGCGGGCGGCGCAACCCCUUCUGCGGCCUGGGGGACCCCACCGCCCGCCCGCCUCCCCCGCCAGGGCCCGGCCCGCGCCUCUCUCCGGCGCUGGGAGGAGCGGAGAAGGGGCCCGCGGCCGACGGCUCCGGGGAAGAGUUCUUCAGUGGUCUUCAGGAAGACAAGCCCAUUGGGAAAGAAGAGUUUUAUGAAACAUCAGCUCCAGCUUUAAUCGGUGACCCACAUCAGACCACUUCCCCUACUGGAGUUUCUUCGCCAAGUUAUGAAUUUCCUGCAGACUGGAGCAUUAAAACUCGUCUGCUCUUCAAAUCUUCCCAUUCAUUUGCAUGGGCAGAUCAUUUAAAAGCACAAGAAGAAUCUCAAGGAUUUGUCCAGCAUUGUAGAGCAACAUCAGUACAUUUACCCCAAAGUAUUCAGGAACCAAAACUCUCCACAGAACUACGAUGUGCUUUUCAGCAAAGCCUUGUAUAUUGGCUUCAUCCAUUCCUGCCUUGGUUACAGCUGUUUCCUCGUAUUGGGGCAGACAGAAAAGUUGCAGGAAAAUAUAGUCCUUGGUCCCAUGAUGAAGCACUGCAGCAAGUUCUUAUGAGUGAAUGGUCUCUCAGUUUUACCUCACUUUAUAAUCUGCUGAGAGCCAGACUAUGUCCCUAUUUCUACGUUUGCACUUACCAGUUUACUGUGCUGUUCCGUGCAGCAGGGCUUGGUGGAAAUGAUAAGAUCACUGCAUUAAUUUCUCCCACAACCAGAGGUUUAAGAGAAGCCAUGAAAAACGAUGGUAUUGAAUUUGAUUUACCUUUCCAAGAAACUAAAAAAAGAAAAUGUAAUUCUUCAGCAUCCCACUUAGAAUCAGGACUUACUAGUGAUUCUGAGACAAUAGGCAAGGAUGCGGAGAAUGAUGAGGAACAAGUGAUAAGUAGUGGCGACGAUGACGAAGAGGGAUUUUCAUGGUUGGAAGAGAUGGGUGUUCAAGACAAAAUUAAACAACCAGACGCAAUUAAUAUCAAACUCUGUAAAGAAAGAAGAGGGGUACACCUUGAUCACAAACCUGAAUCUGUUGUUCUAGUGCAAGGAACAAACACUUUCACUUUACUUAACUUCUUGAUGAACUGUAAAAGUUUAGUGGCUUCUGCAGGCCCUCAGGCUGGAAUUCCUCCUACGCUGCUGUCUCCAAUUGCUUUUAGAGGAGCAACAAUGCAGACACUCAAGGCUCGAAGCAUAAAUGUGAAAACACAAGUUCAUUCGCAGUACAAAGAUAUAUUUUGCUUGGAGAUCGUAGGCCCCAUCUUGCCUCAUUCUUUGCAUUCUUUGUCAAUGCUGUUCAAAAUUGCUCAGAAGGGAGCUUUUUCUGCUGUGUGUUACACACAUGAGCCAACAGCAGUGUUCAAUACAGGCACCAGCAAUGAGAAGAGCAUAAUGAAAGAAUCUCUGAGCAAAGACCUUAGUAGGACUGGACUGCAUCCCAGCACUUUGAAUCAACUGGCACUCUCUCCAACAUUAGGGAAGUCUUGUAUACGGCUCUUAGAAAUGAAUAAUUAUAUCUAUACCUGGAAAUCCUAAGUAAACAAUGUCACU